CUACAUGCGUCUGUCUCUGUGUGGGAUAAUAGAGGGAUCAGGAUAUGUGAAGGACACGGUCGUGAUCAAUGGUAAUUGUUCAUGGGUAUCAAGUAUCAAGGCAAUACCUCUUUAUCAAACUAGGUCGGUCACUCAAUUGAGUGCAAUGAAGUGUCGUUAUAUGCUAGGAGGCAAUGGCUACUACGCUCUUGCUUGUACACGCUUGCUGGCAAACACGUAUACCCUUUUGUGGAUUAAUAGGAGAAGUAAAUUCCGAGUAUAGUUCAACCCAUGCUGAUCAAAUUACAUUCCGUCUUACUUUACCACAACUGCUACAUAACCAACUUGAUUAUAUGACUUGACGUCCUAGAUUGCGCAAGCGUAAAGAGGUGGAUAUGAUGUUAAGAUAGGCAAUCACGACAUGAGUAAAACGCCUUUUGGUUUAGAGAUCUGGCCUGUGCAUGGAAUGAAAAUACACUUUUGAUCGCAGACAGAUGGUACUUCUAGCAUUUUGCCUAAGUGCUGAGUGAGGCAAUAAAUAUCGCUUCCUCUGUUUUCGGCGUCAACAGCAAUGACUAUUACAUUAUCCGAAAUUUCCAGCUCGCAUAUCGGAGGUGAUCGUCACACUUCUUCCUCCCUAGUACUGUUCUUCCUCCUCGCUAUCUUCAUCAUCGCCAUCGUCGUCGCUGCCUUCCCCAUCGUCGCUAUCUUCCCCGUCAUCGCUGUCUUCUUCAUCACUGUCCUCCCCAUUCUCAUCUCCCUCAUCGUCUUCGUCGUCGCUAUCGUCAUCGUCAUCGUCAUCGUCAUCAUCAUUAUCAUCAUCUUGAUCUUCUUUCUCAUCCUGUUCGUCGUCCUGGUCGUCUUUUCCAUCAUCCUUGUCGUCCUCAUCUUCGUCCUUGCCGUACUCCAACUCUCCAUAUUUUGCAUCAGAAAAUCCCUUGUGGCCGCUCCAAUUCGCCUCAGGAGCAGCCCCAACGGCUAUCGUGCCUGGCCGUUCUGGUGUUUCCGCGACCGCAGUCGAAUCUGGAUCCCCCCGUCGACCCUUGGGAAGCGCGCUGGCAAAUGGAAGGGCACUCACGAGAGCGACAACAGCAACGGAGAAGCGCAUAUCGAUGACAAUCGACUAUGA